AUGUCAUAUCUACCACUUAUCUUAUGUUUACUCUUGGUUGCACCAACACUAUCUCGUCCUCAAGGGGAUGGCACAGCCACGGGCUCAGUAGUCAGCCAAAUGGGUGGAGGAGCAGCGGCCGAUCCGAUAGCAGCUGCAGCCAGUCCUGUGGCAGCGGCUAGUCCGUUAGCUGCUCCUGUAGCACCAGCUGUUGCACCGGCAGUUGCGCCAGUCGCUCCGGUUGUUGGACUUUGA